AUGACUUCCACGAUGACUGUGACACAAGCCGCGCCGUCGGCAGAGACGCUUCUGAGAUUGUUCCCGGACAUAGACACAAGCUCCACCGAGCUCGAGGGCCACGACGAGGAGCAGAUCCGGUUGAUGGACGAGGUGUGCAUUGUGCUGGACAACGACGACAAGCCAAUUGGCACCGCCAGCAAGAAGCUCUGCCACCUGAUGUCCAACAUCGACAAGGGUCUGCUUCACCGGGCCUUCUCGGUCUUCCUCUUCGACGACCAGAACCGACUGCUGCUCCAGCAGCGCGCGACUGAGAAGAUCACCUUCCCCGACAUGUGGACCAACACAUGUUGCUCCCACCCGUUAGGCAUCCCCGGGGAGACUGGCUCCAAUCUGCCCGACUCGGUCGCUGGUGUCAAGCGUGCCGCCCAGCGGAAACUCGACCACGAGCUGGGCAUCAAAACGGAGCAAGUGCCGUUUGACGACUUCCACUUCCUGACACGAAUCCACUACAAAGCGCCCAGCGAUGGCAAAUGGGGCGAGCAUGAGAUCGAUUACAUCCUCUUUAUCAAGGCAAACGUCGAUCUCAACAGCAACCCGAAUGAGGUACAAGACACGAAAUAUGUGACACCAGAGGACCUGAAAGAACUGUUCAAGGACCCGACGCUGAAGUUCACGCCGUGGUUCAAGCUCAUCUGCGAGUCGAUGCUCUUCGAGUGGUGGGAGAGCCUCGACUCGGGUCUGGAGAAGUUCACCAACGAGCAGGAGAUUAGGCGCAUGUAG